UGGCCCCGGCACGGGGGCAGUCGUUUCCGAGUGUGCCGCACGGACGCAACUGCGGUUUAGGCCAAAUUUCCUAGUGUUUUUAUUAUAUAAAAAGGAACCAAAAGUGGAUCUCCGAUUCUCGUGAUAUACAAAUACACUGGGAUCGCUCCGAUAUAGGUAAGUAUAUUGAGGGAGAAAAACGAGUAAAAUACAGAGCAAACAUGGGCGCCGUCGAAUGGGUUACCCAACCGGACGUCUACGAGUGUCCAUUGAGCGAGGACACCCAGAAACUGGCCAAGGAAGAACUGCGCGAGGACAAAAGCACCCGCGACCAGGCGAUCGAACAACUGCGCAGCUGGAUUAAGCUCAAUCCGAGAAUAAAAAAUUCUCGAUUAGAUGCGCAAUUUUUGUUGAGAUUUUUACGAUGCAAGAAAUUCAACGUUCCAAUGGCUCAGGAAGCGAUGGAAAGAUAUUUGUUAUUGAGACAAGUGUAUCAUCCGGCAUUCCACAACUUGGACAUCGAGGAGCCAACGAUGAACGAGCUUUUGACGCUCGGGUAUCUUUUCGCUGCUCCUGGUCGAGACAGUCAGGGUCGUCGAGUUAUCGUCGCCAGACCCGGUGUUUUCGAUCCUUACAAGUAUACGAACGCUGACAUGUGCAAAAUACACGCAAUCACCUACGAGGCUCUCAUGGAAGACGAAGAGAGUCAAAUUCGCGGAUUCGUGCACUUUGCUGAUGGGGCUGGAGUCAGCUUCCCUCAUCUCACACUUUUUACACCCCGAGAAGCUGUUCGCAUCGUUAAGAAUGGCGAGCGUACCGUGCCCAUGCGCCACAAAGAAGUUCACGCUAUAAAUGCUCAUCCCUCGCUCAAAUUCGCUCUUGAUUUUGGCAUGUCCCUCAUAUCUGAGAAGAUCAAAAAACGUAUUAAAAUUUACACGAGCUUGGAGGACGCCCUUAAAAAUAACAUGGACCCGAGUAUGUUGCCGAAGGAAUACGGCGGUACGAUGCCCAUGAAGGAAAUGAUUGAUUUGUGGAGGCAAGAACUUUUGGAAAUAAGACCAAAGUUGCUGAGCCACGAUAAAAUGCGAGUUUCCCUGGAGCUCUAUUCCGAAAAAGCUCGAGAAGGCGCAGUCUCUGCUCUGAAACAAGGAUUUGGUUGUUCGAACGUUGGGGCGAGCGAUUCAAACAUACACGGAAUUACCGGUUCGUUCAGGAAAUUAGAAGUCGAUUAGAAUCUCAGGCAAAUCAGAGAAUUUAAUCAUUAGAGAAGCAGAGAGGAGCGAAAAAUUGUACAAAAUAACGGUGAUGACAUUUUCACUGUUCGAGAAUGCGCUGAAAAUUCAUUUCAUUUCCAACUAUGAAACAGCGUAGAGAAUUCAAAAAGUUCAUUAUUAGGAAGAAUAAUUUUUUUUAUUGUGUUAAAAAAAUGCAAAUCUCAGCAUCAAACGUAAAAAAUUAGGAAAAUGUAAAAAAAAAUUCAGAUUUAUUACCGAGACGCGAUUCUUAAGAUAAAAACAAAAAAAUCAAGUUAGAAUUUCGUCUCAGUGCAAUAAAAAUAGUUGAGUGCAUCAAUAAAAUUGAAGUUCGAGAUCAUCGGUAACUCAUCAUUCUAAAGAAGAUUUCAGAGCCUCGUUCAGAAUUAUAAAUGAAAAAAUAAAUUACUCUCAGACUCUGUAAAAUAAUUGAAUUGAAUGCGUUCGAACAAAUUAAGCGAACGAAAAGCAAAAGCAGAGCGUAAGAAAAAAAUUAGAAAAAAUAAUUUUUAUAGCUUCGUUGAUAAGAGUCCACUACCAAUUUCGUUUACGAUUUCGAGUGGAAUAGACGUAGACAUUUUUUUGUACUAUCUAUCCUUACGCUUAAGAAAUAUUUUUAUAAAAAAUAUCUCGACGAUUUCAAACACCGAGAUUUGUGAAGCUUUACGUACACAGAUUCUGUUUUCUGUGGGACGUCGAAGUUCGUAUUUCCAAAUAAUUGUGAAAACAUCGUUUUGCUAUUGUUCGGAUUUUAUAAGGUUUUUUUAUACAUUUUUUUAUGCGAAAAAAUCAUUCUCUCGUUGUACAAAAAAAAAGUCGCAACAUAAACCUGAAAUUUGAAAAUUCACGGUUUUAAGAGAAAAAUUGUUAGAAAAAAAAUGUCAUCGUUUUUCAACAAAAGGAACUUCGACGUCGUUAUUAUUUUAAGCAUGCCCAUUGCGCGCUGUAUUAAUGCACUAGAAAUACGUUUGAAAUAAAAUUGCAAAAAACA